UAUUGACCUGUCACUGUUACAACUCCAAACUUUAUUGUUAGUUCAAUACGAAAAAAUGACUCUGAAAGCUGAGGAAGAAACAAAUGUGGAUACAGUGAAAUAUUCCAAAAUGAUCUGCACGAAACUGCAGAGCGAGGAUCGCAAACAGCGAAAGCAGGCACUCAAUGAUCUUCAAAAGUUCUUAAUCGAUAAAAAUCCAGAUGAUGAAACCCUUAGGAAUGUAUUCAACGAAACACAAAUUUACUUGGUGAACACUCUCCGGGAUAAAUCUGAAGAAGUCAGAGAAACUGGAAUUUCUUUUUUGACAUCUUUAGUGAUCCAUAUCUUACCUAUUAACGAUUUCUAUUUAACUUAUAUAUUUCCUGUUCUUGUUGAACGCAUUGGAACUGUUGAACUGAUAGAAGAAUCAGAAGAAAUAAGGUUGGAAUUGCUGCUAUUCCUCUCAAAAAUAAUUUCGAAAUACUCCAACACAGAGCAACUGAAACCGUUUUUGAAUGAUGCUGUCACAAUUCUGUGUGAAACGGUAAAAGAUAAAUAUCCAACAAUUAAGGAGAGUAGCUGUCAGUGUAUUGUAUCACUUGCUCAAGCACUGCCAAGGGAUUUCCACCUUCAAGCUGAAAGCUUGAUAAAACCUGUACUUACAUGUUUGAAUCAUCAAAGGUUCAAAGUGAGAGUAGAAGGAAUCAAAUGUAUUGGUGAAAUUCUGAUGCACUGCACAUACAAAGCCGUUGAUAUGGUAAUGGUACCCAUGGCGGAAAAAUUAUUCGAUUCAAUUCCGUUGGUCAGGAGAACUGUAGCGCAGGUUGCGAAAAAAUGGUUGACUGAGUAUAGAGACAGAUAUUCAUUCUUCCAUAAAAUUCUUCCUCUUUUAUUGACCGGGUUGAACGAUGAAGUUCAGGAAACUAGAGAAGAAGCUGCGGAAUUCUGGGAGGUAGUAGGCCUUCAGUACCAACAAGAAAAUGAGAAAGAUUUGAAGGACGAGAUGGAUUUCCUUAUUGAACCCCCUAAAUAUUAUUUAGAGCACUUGAAAAGGCCCAAUUUGGGAUGCAGAGUGCUCGUGCAAAGACAUGUGGGCAAAAUAGCACCAGCCAUAGCGAACGAACUGCAGAGUUGGCAGGCAGACGUGAGAUUCAGAUGUAGUCAACUGCUUUGCGCAGUCGCAUUGCAUUCGGAAAGUCUCCUAACCAUGCACCUCCAGUCGAUUCUACCUGCCAUGUUUUCCGCUGCCAGAGACGAUGAUCCAAGGGUGGUGGAUAAUAUUAUUCGAGCUUCCGAAAUAAUAGGCCUGUUUGUACCAUUCGAAUCUUGGAGCAAGCUGGUUUUCCCCCAAAUCGAGAACUGCCCCCAUUACGGUCAUAUCACGGUGCUGAGGAGCCUGGUGAAAGGAAGCCCUAAGGAUCUGAUAUGGGAUCGUUUGGAUGAAGUGACGGAAAUUUUGGAAACUGACAAUGUAUGCGUGAGCAGAAAAAAAAAAUUCCAAAACGAACUGGUUAAGUGCGUUGAAACGAUUUGUGAGAAAUAUCAAGCUAAACCAGACUCUCUCGUGGGCUACCAUCUUUUCAAAAUCCUGAUAACAACAAUUGCGCUCAGAGAUGUUGAUAAUACUCAUAUCGGUUUACACCUCUUGGAAAAUUUGAGUACUACCCUGAAUAUGGACAACACUCAAGAGCUGUGGAACACUUUUUUGAGAAGAUUACUUGAGGAGAUCAACGUUGAUCCAUCAGCAUGGACCAUGGUCACUACCCAAGGGUGUAUAUUCGAACUUGUUCUCACAGAUUCCGGUGAGGCCUUUGGGAAACAUUCGGAUUAUAUUUUGUUGAUACUCAAGGAAGUUCUCGACACCAAUACAGACCCUGAAUGCAGGCUGAAAAUGUUUUUAGCCUUGACGGUGGCUUUCGAGGCCAAAGAUGUAACAUUGAAGGAUUCAAACAACUUGACGCAGUUCUUUGAGGAAUUAAUACAAGACGUAUUCAUUCCUUCGUUGGUGUGGCACGCAGGAAGGACAGCGGAAGCUAUGCGAACGAUGGUGGCCAAUUGCUUGAAAACCGCCCUGUCUCCAACGCCUAACGUUGACCUAUUCGCCAACGGUGAUACUUUCCAACCCCUUUUCGACAAACUGAUACCACUUCUAUUGUCCCUGGUCGAAGAUGCAGCCUGGAAAAGUAGGCUUUUGGCGCUGGAAUGCCUGGUUUUACUGAAGAACAUCGCUGUGCGCAAAGCCGUUUGGGACACAGACGGAUUAGUUAAAAUUUACCCAGAAAUCAUGAAACGCUUGGAUGAUCCAACAGAGAAAGUACGAGAGGGUGCAACUAGAGCACUUGUUGGGAUAUUCGAAGAUUGUCCAGAAGACUUCAAAGCUGUUCAUUACAAAGCACAUCACGAGCUUAUCAUAGAUACGUUACUCAUACAUUUCGACGAUGAUGAGGAAAAUAUACAAGAUCUGAUAUUUGAUGUCCUCAAAACAAUGGGAAAAAUCAAUAAUGUCCAACUGAAAUCCAAGCUCGAAAGGCAGAAGUUAUUAUUACGGAACAAGAAAGGUUGCGAAUCCUUACUAGAGGAUCUCAACUGACUUUGUAUUUUUCAAAGUUUUUCUAUUAAUUUUUUCAGUUUGAUGUUUUGUUAAUAAAAAGUUAUAUAUGCA